GUUGUGAAGUGUGAUUGCUAGAGGCGUUUUUCUGCACGAAUCUGAUACUUUUGUGCUGCAAAAGAAUAGUAAAGAAUUACAAUGGAGUUGCUAACGUCAACGGAACAAACGACACACAUUAAAAAUAUACUAAAACCCUGGACUAAAGAGUCGUUGACGAAAUGUUGGGAUUGGUGCAGUCCAAUGCUCGAUGAAGAAUCUCUUAAGAAUCUGUACAAGUGUAUGGGAAGUUAUUGUAGCUUCAAUACGAACAAUACUAGCGAGAUGUUAUCUCAUCUGCAUGCUCACGAAGAUUCUGUUGACAUUUUAAAAUGCGCUUACUGUGUGGCUACGUUUAAGGAGAUACAUGAACUAAUUGCGCACAUUAAAAUAGAACACGGACAAUGCCGAUAUCAAUGCAGUUAUUGUUUCUAUCGCUCACUGGACUCCGCAAACGUUUUUAAUCAUCAAAAAAUAUAUCAUAUAGAAGAACGGUGCGCAGAAAAAUCCAUCAUGGAACUUCCGGAACAUCACGAGAUACCUAGACUUGAAUAUAUGAAUGCGGCUGUUAAAGGGAAAGUGCGACAAAAAGUCUUGAAGUGUACAGUAUGUAACGAGCAAUAUCUAGCCAUAUCAUCGUACAUACAACAUAUAAAGCUGGUGCAUUUGGGAACACCCGUUGCAUGUUGUUGGUGUCGAAAGGAAAUAAUAAAGGAUAAUGCAGCUGUACAUUUGCUUACUCAUUAUAUUGGAACAUAUGAAUGUCUUUAUUGCGAUUACGCCUGCAACAUCAAACAAAUGAUGCAAAGACAUUUAGGCAAUGUUCAUGCUACUAAACCAAUGUUUUGUUCCAAAAGACGCGAAGUAGCGGAUGCGCAAUUCCCAAAAAAGAAAUAUUUACUUGAUGUAAGAGAUUUGGUUCCUGCUGAAUAUGUGAAAAGUGUUAAUGACAAUUCAAAAACAACCGUUAUCGUAAAUGAAAUGAGCAGUAAUCCUAAAACGGGCGUUAUUGCAGAUGAAGCUCCAGAUAACGACAUAAAAGUUCCUAAAAUUCUUAACGUUCAAGGCGGAAUUAAAGUAACUGAUAACGGAGUAAUCCUUACUGCAAAACAAACAUUACCGAAUGAAUCUGGCUGUACAAAAUUGUCAUUUUCAAAUGAAGAAGUAACAAUUGGACAUACCAGUAGCGUAAAACGAACAGCAGAUUCGACUACCAUUGGCACAGUUAAACGAGCAAGGUUGGAUCCUGCAGUACUAAAAUUAUACGAAAACACCAAUGUAACUUUAACGAAAACUUGCAACCCAAUACAGACUGACUUUAUUACGUUAUCAACAUCUAGUAAUCUACCAAAUACCGGUGAUGUUGGCGAAAAACAACGCUCAAUCAAAACUAAUUUACCAAAAAGUAGUGAACAUCCUACGGAUAGUGGUAGCGUAAAAUAUAAUGCUAUGUCCUUUAAAGCAUCAGGUAUGGUAGCUAAUUCAGAUAAAAAUGAAAAAAAAUGCGCAGAUUUUAUAGAACAAGCUAUGGCCUCCGCUGAAUCUGUUAGUUUUUCUAAUCGUUAUUCUGAGCGAGAGAAAAAAGAAAACCCAGUAAGCUUCCGACUGGCGGAGUUUCUGUCUUAUAUAGACACAUAUUAUCGACAGUUAAGCCUAUGUUUAAGUAAAAAAAAGAUAACACCUCUAGAUAUCAAUGUGUGCGGCAUAGGCGCUUGCAAUCAUCGUUUCGAAAAUCAUGACGCACUUUUACAACACAUGAAAACUCGUCAUGGUGUAUUAACAAUAGAAACUCCGCUUUCAAUAGUAUGCAGCCACUGUGCACUUCAAUUGAACACCGUCACUAAUUACAUGUACCAUCUUUCGGUACAUAGUCUGAAUCAGUAUGCCUGUUUUCUUUGUUGCUAUAAUCAUUUUCUUCUCCCAACUGUCGCAACCCAUAUGAACGUGGAACAUGGUUGCAAUUCGGUACAACUAUCUUUCGCACAUCCGGUAAGGAGGGAUUUACUAUCUGAUAUCAUUAUUGUAAUGCCGGCCGCAAUCACAAGAGAUGAAAAGCAGAAAUACAUCCAAGAAACCAUAACACGCGGGGAACAACUUUUGCGAAAAACUAGUUUGGCUAACCAAACAUUUGAACGGUCUAUACCAGUACAUAAUAGUGCUACAAUGAAUGCUGAAGUAAACAUGUCAUAUCCUAAACAAUCUCACUACAGCCUCUUGUACAAAUGUGGAAUGUGUCAAACUGUUGAAACCAGUAAACUAUCAUUUCAAAAGCAUCUGAUAGAAGAUUGUCCGAAUAAGAAACGCAAUUUUUAUUCAUGUGCGCACUGCAGAAAAAUUUACAAAAAUUGGACCAAAAACCCUGAAAAAAUUUUCGAGCACCUAUACUAUCAUGGAGAAAAUUUGUAUGGAUGUGGGAGCUGCCCAUAUUAUCACUAUUUAUUUGAAAAAGUUGUAAUGCACAUUAAGACAGCGUCGCAUCCUCCAAAAUGUGAGAUAAACGUGCUGCGUGAAUCAACGGAUCAGUGGGAAUGCAAUGUCUGCCAAUUGAAAUCUUCCUUUAGGCAAACUGUUAUGGAACACAUGCAAAACGUUCACGAUUUGCCAGGAGAACGUUUCAUGUGUUCAAUGUGCCAUUUUCGAACGUUGACAAAAGAGGAAAGCAUUAAACAUUUCAAACAGAAUCAUUCAAACCAGGACGUGGUAAUGAUAGAAAUGUAUCACGAAACAGAAAUAGAAAAUUCAACAAACAAUGAAGACACAGAUUCUGAUGCUUCUAGUGAUGUACAAAUUAUAGACGAUGUUAUAGACUCAUAUUCAAUUUCUUCGUCAAGUGAUCAUUCUGAAGAUGAGGAAGAUAUGCAAAGAGAGUUCGAAAAAGGUGCGAGCAACGAUCAGAAAUUACUUCCUUCUUGCCCGGUGUUAAAGGAUCAUAGCUAUUUUAAAAUAGAAAGUAAUGAAGAAGCUGUGCACGUUAAUGUGAAAGUGAAAAUUGAAAAUUGUACAUCAACAACGUACGCUAUUUCUAAUCCAUGUGCCGUUAAGAAUGCUUUAACAGAAAAUAACCAACCAUCCAUAGGUAACUCCGUUGGUGCUGCAGUUGAAAAUACUUCACCAGCUUCAUCAGAAGCCAACGUAGUGUUGAACAAUAUUGCUGUUCAGGAAGAUGGCAUAGUAGCAACAGAAGAGGAACUAGAACAAAAUUUGUCCCCAACCACGGUAAUGAAUGCUUUGUCCAUGGAACGCCGCGCAUCUAAGCGAGUUGCUGUUAAAAAAGAUGUUACAUACCGAUGGAAUGACUGUACCAAAUAUGGUUGCAUCUUUUGUGAUAAUAGUUUUGAACACUAUAAGUCACUGCACUUGCAUUCUCGAAUAGUGCAUGGUACCAUAAGCCAAAAUUUCCUGUAUGACCCAAAUACCGACACCAGUCCAAUAACAGGAUCGUUCACGGGAUUUCGGUUAUUUAGUGUUGCUCGUUGCUUUUACUGUGAUAAGCAAGACACAUGCUCAGCACUUAGGAUGCAUCACGAUAAAAAACAUGAUGGAAAAACAUUUAUAUGCCUUGACUAUUGGAACGCUUUCAAAUGUGGUCUUUGUGCAUAUCUCAACGGAUCUGGCAAUGAAAAGGAAUUCAGCAAUCAUUUUCUUCAGUUCCAUACUAAUGACCUUACAAAUGUAUCACCGUUCGAUCACAUUGACGAUACUUUCAUUCAAUGGGCUUUGUCACUAGGAAAGAAGCUUAAUGUGGCAAACAAUGAAACAGUCAAAAUAAUAAAAUACAUUUGCGGUACAUGUUCUGAAAAGUGUGAAGACGAAUUGAGUAUGGGCUUGCAUGUGGCAACGCAUAUUGUAAAAUUCGAUUGCGAUUACUGUAGCGCAAACUUUAAACAAUUAAGUGUACUGUACGAGCACAUCCUAAUUGUGCAUCGUAAGGAAGAUUAUGUCCCUCAGCCAACUCUUCCGAUACUCUCGGACCAAGUGAUCCUUGAAGUUCAAAUGUGUUUUAUCAAUGGGUUUAUUUUGUCAAAACGGGAGGCACAAUUUACCAGUCAUGGGUCGUUGCAAGUGUUAGAAGAAGGAUAUCAAAAGUACUAUGAAGAUCAGAUCAGGGCAUUAGAUAGCUUUAAAAUAUUGUUGUCGAUGCCUAUUUCAGCAUCAAGCAUGGUCGAAGAUAACGUUUCAUGUAAAUCUUUUCUCGUUAAUCAGAAGACUUAUCCAGUCCUUAAGAUACUGCCGAUGGAUGUAAAAACUUUGGAAGAUGCAUUAUAAUUAAACAUCAUCAUCUAUCGUAUCUGAUUGUAUAAUUUGAACGUUCGAAAUUGAUGGAACUUUCCUAGCGGGAGAGCCAAGAAUAUGAUUGCAAUUGUCUUAUCAUUCUGAUUGAUGAAUAAUUCAUAGGCCGCCAGCUUUUAAAGUAUACUUUAUAUCUUAAUUCUGUAUAGAUUGUAACAUUUAGAUAUUAAGUUGUGAUAGAAAAUUAUUGGAAUAAAAUGGUUAAUUUUCAAUUACGAUUACCAAAUAUGUAUUACACGUUUCAGUUGAGCCACCUUGUGCUAUGACAGCAGCGCCAGUUUUUCCUGCGACAAAACCGAUACCAAAAUCCAUCAGGACCGUUUACUCGUAGUAACAAGUGACUGUUAGGAUACAUAGUAAAAAUAAACACGUUAUAAAUCUGUUAUGGCACUUCCCUUUACAUGCCACACUCUACUGUGUCAAGCGGGGUUAAAAACACGG